ACUUAGAAAUUUUGACUUUUGCGAGUGAAAACUCAAAUCCCAGAUGAGUGAUUAGUGUAUUGAGAAGUCCGAAAAACAAUGUAAAAAAACGUUAUAAAUCUCAAUAAGAAUGAGAAAAUACCACAGCGCAGGCAUUUAAUACCAUCAACGAAAUGUUUACUAAAAAAUCACAUCAAGAUGUCAAAAAAUCCACCGUUAAAAUACAGGAUUCCAAGAAGGAUUCGACAACGCGAUUGAAGCACCUUAAAAUCGUAUUAGAACAUUUUGAUGCUGAUGAAUCAAAAACGUACUUUGAAGCCAAUUUUAGUCAUGUGUAUUUUAUAUUGUAUGAUAACUUUAUUUUAGCAGAAAAUAAUCUCCGACAAAGAGAACUUUCGUUUCAUCUCGUCCACAAAGCUGGCAGGGAAGAAUUGGAAGGAGCAUUGUCACUAUUAGAAAAAGUGUUAUGCCUAUUGCCAGAGCUGCUCGGGAAAAGAUGGCAGUUACAUUCCCUAACAAGAAUAUUUUCUAAGCUCCUACAUAGUGGUAAUUCACAAAAACUUAGAGCAGAAGCUAUAAGGUUUUUUCUUUUAUGGUAUCAAGCACUUGGAGAUAAUGCACCUAAUGAAGUGCAUAAGAUGUUUGCAAUGCUGGUACCAGGCAUGCCUGAGUCACCCACACACUCAAUGGGAUCCCCGUUUAAGCAGAAACCUUUUGAUUUGAUUACAAAUAUAUCAAAUGACUCCAGCGAUUUUAAAAUGGAAGAUAUUAUGCACCAUCCAAACUUUAGUUCCACUACUGAUAAUGCAAAGAAAGUUGUUGUGGAACAAACAUCUACUGGUAUAAUGGGGAAGUUAGCUAAUGUGUCAGCAUCAAUUUUUCAUGAUACAAAUGCACUAAAUCCAGUUCAAAGUGUAGAAAUUCAACCUUUAUUGCCAGCCAGUACUAAUGAGAGACCAGUUGAUAAUGAAACGAGAUAUUUUUUUGAAAUUCUCCUUGAGGGUAUGGCAACUUCUGUUACCAAGAUACACUGGCGAGACAGAUCACACAAUAAAGCUAUGAGAUGCUUUGCUUUUUUAUUGGAAAAAUUUAAAAUAUACUAUCUGCCUAUCAUUUGCCCGCAAUUCAAUUAUAAAAAUUCGCUAUAUAAACCUAAUUUAGAAUUACCAGUUCAACAUAAUAUACUAGAUGAUGACUAUGUAAUAUGUAGAGUGACAUUAAUCAAAUGGGUGGCAAGCUACGCAAACUUCAUAAAGCGGCAAGGCAGCGAUAUUGGACAGCCUUCAUCUAUGACAAGCACGGGAUCUCAUCUGCCACAUUCAGGCACACCUACUCCGGCAACUUCCUUGCACCAUGAGGAAGAGACUUCCUUCACUGUCGGGCAACCGUCAGAUUCAAGUAGAGCAUCUUCCCAUGACUCUGCAUCUAACACACCUCAUCCUAGUCUAGAAUCAGGUUCAGGUAUAUUCGAGGAGCUGAGCUCUGAGCAGGUUGUGCGCGAUGUGCUGUGCGGCUCCUCGCGCGAGCACGUCGACUUCACCAUAGAAGUUCUACGACAAGCGUUCCUGCUGCCCUUCUCACACGCCGCUGCUGUGCGACGCGUCAUCGGUUUAUACAAGGACUGGAUACAAAUGAACGUAUCAGAGAUCCCACCGUUCCUGAUAGAGAAUACUUACGAGCAGCAGCUGGCGGCGGGCGAGCCCGCAGCGCCGCCCCGUCGUCUGCGCAACGACUCCUACCUCGGCGCCGUCAACCGCGACAUCAUGGUGCGCGCCGGAAUGCAGAAUGUGCUGCAAGUGUUCAUGACGCAAGCGGCGAACGUGUUCGUGGGGUCGUCGCCGGUGGCGGCGGCCGGCGCGCUCGGCCACCAGCAGCUGCUGCAGGAGCAGACGGACACGUGCAAGCGCGUCCUCAACAUAUACCGCUACAUGGUCAUGCACGUCGCUAUGGACGCUAGUACCUGGGAACAAUUACUUUUAGUAUUGCUCCAAAUUACAUCUUUGGUGUUAACUAAAUUAGUACCUAAGAGAAAACAAGAAACGCUUGGUGGAUUUCUAGCGUCGGCGCUCUUCCAAACAUUAAUUGUGACAUGGAUCAAAGCUAAUUUAAAUGUCGCAGUGAAACCUGAACUGUGGCAAAGUUUUAUGGAAUUAUUGACAAGACUGACACACUGGGAAGACUUGAUUAAAGAAUGGGCGAAAACAAUGGAAACGUUGACCCGAGUAUUAGCGCGGCAUGUUUACUCGCUGGAGCUGUCGGAGAGCGCGGGCGCGGCGUGCGGGGGCGAAGUGCGUGGCCGCGGGGGGCGGCGCCCUACGCCUGCGCCCGCGCCGCUGCCCCGCCCCGCGCCACGCGCACGCCCUGCACUGGCGCCGCCAGAUCUAAGAACACCUGGCAAAUCAGUGCGUGCUGCAAGUGACGCACAAGUACGCAAAGAGACGGUGAGGGGGCGACAACUGCAGCGCUGCCGCAGCGACCCUCACAUCAGUAGGCACGCACAGAAUCUACAAAUUGUUACAGUGGAAGAAACCAAAGAGCAAGUCAGCACUAAACCAAGGAGAUGGUACUCGUUGGAUUCAUUGAGGCAGUCGUCGCAACAGGAGGAGAGGGAUUCUGCCAGUGGAUCUCGUUCACCCUCGCCGGCGCCAUCUAGCGGAGUUGAGAGCAGUUCUAUUAAGGAUUCGCCUCUACAGAUCGAUUUAGCUUCGGAUGGUGGUAAUGUUGAGUGGGCCGAGUCGGAUGGGGCGGCGUCGUGCGCGGAGGGCGGGGCGGGCGUGGGCGUGGUGCUGGGCGGGGCGGCGCGCGGCUGGCUGCCGGCGGUGGCGGCGGUGCUGUGGCGGCGCAUGCUGGCCGCGCUCGGCGACCCCAACCACCUGCGCGACCCGCAUGCGCACGCGCACUUCUACAACUACCUGAUACAUCUUAACUCGACACUGCUUAAGAUAAGCGCAAACCAGACUUUAAAUGGCAAUACGGAGAUUCACGUGCCGUUCAACUUGGUGGCGGGAUGGUGUCUGGAAGCGGAAGCCCUGCCGCCUACGCACAGAGCGGGCAAGUUGCUGGCGCUGCGGCUGCUCUGCGAGUCGACGCAGGCGCAGGGCCCGGGCGCGCCCUCCUCCUGCAACAACCGCCUGCAUCUCGCACACCUGCAUCUCUACCAACGCGCACUACAUCAUGGUCUGACGGGCGAGGACCGGUCCGUGGUCGACGUGCUGGUGGAGCACGCGGCGCCGCGCUACCUCUCGCUGGCGCUGGACGGCUACUCCCUGCUGCUGCUCGACUUUGUGCACGCCUCCACUGUUGUACUUAACUCCUCUGAUAUGGGACCAUCUUGUCCGCGCACUGCUGCGGUGACGUUCCUGGGCUCGCUGCUGGCGCUGCCCGACGAGCUGAUGUCCGCGCCCAUGCUGCAGCCCUACCCGCACCAGUACAACACCGUCUCCUGUCCUGAUCUCAAGGAGCACGUGCUGAACAUAGUGGUGCGCGUGUGCCGGCGCGAGGGCGCGGCGGCGGCGCGGUGCGCGGGCGCGUGCGCCCUGGCCGCGCACGUCGCGCACGUGCUCGCCGCGCGCCGCCUCUGCGCGCGUCUGCCCGCCUACAUCACCUGUCUGCUGCAGAUGCUCAUGAUGAAAAAUAAAACAAUAGCCAAAGUAGUGAGCGACGCUAUACUCGUGUUAGCUGACUACACAGACUGCAUCGUGGAACUUUAUCCUGGACUUGCAGAGAAAAUAAUAAAAUGGAUAUGCGCGUGCCUUGGGCAAAUAUCGAGCAGCAGUGGUCGCGACUCUGUGAAGCCGCUGGCGGGCUCGCUGCUGCUCUGCCUGGCGGAGUUCGCGGUGCGCUGCGGCCCCGCGAGCCUCAUCAACCACCAAGAAGCUGGAGACUCCUUACUGCUUACCAUAUUCAAGGUUCUAUACGCCGUGAUGAAAGGAACCAAUGGCUCCGAUAUAGAAGGUCUUUCGCUGCCAGUCGACGAAGACUUCGAUCCCAAUAUCCAGCUGGACAACCUGGGCCCGAAGACAUCGCCCGCCUCAACUAUCGAUGUCAAACUUUGGGCGCAAACUAUUUGCACCCAGCUGGUGCUGUACCUGGGCCACUGGCCGCUGUGGAGUGGGUGCCAGGUGUCGUCGAGCGUGUGCGAGCAGCACGACAGCAGCCCGCCGCUGGGCGCCGAGCUGGGCCCCGCGGUGCUGGCCGCCAGGAAUGUCCAGCUGAUGCGCUUCAGCGAUGCCACACUCGCCUCGCUGGUGGAACUGCCCUCCCUUGAUAUGCCCACCGGUGGGACUACUCCAGGUUUGAUGACAUCAGACCGUCAAGUCCGUAUUCUCCUGCGUGAUAUCGCGGGCAAGGCGUGCUGGGACGCCUCCGCCUUGUACUACGACCCUUUUGUCACCUCCUCGGAAGAAGUUCUAUCACUCUCCGUACCUGACACGGUCGAUUGUCCAAGAGACACUACGUUAUCAUCACUCCCGCCUCCGUUGCCACCAGAUCUUUUACCUGAUUACAAAAACUCGCCGCCAGACAAACAUCAGUUAGAUCAUGUACUAGCGUACAUUGGGCACACGUCCCCGGAGGUGACGUGCGGGCGGCGGCUGGACAGCGCGGGCCCCUCCCCGCUGCCGCCCGGACACGAGGACGAACUUGUAGCCGCACUCGUCGCACAUCGCAACGCUGAACGAUUAUAUCUUACUCAGAGAGACAGUGAUGAUGAGCCGGAAGCCGCGGAGGAGUGCAGGUCUGGGUGCGCGAGCAGCGCGGGCCCGUUCGAGCUGUGCCGGCAGUUCCUGGCGCAGAGCGGUGCGCUGGCGCCUGCGCGCCGCUCGCACGUGCAGCUGUUGCGCCGCUCCGACAGGCUGCUGAGGGAACUGCGCAACCUGGACGCCUUGAGGUGUCGUGAAACGCAUAAGGUGGCGGUUAUAUACGUGGGUAAAGGACAGGAGACACGCAAUGAGAUCCUGUCAAACCGCUGCGGCAGCCCCGCUUAUGAAGCAUUCCUUGCCGCACUGGCUUGGGAGGUGGAGCUGGAGUCGCACGUGGGGUUCGCGGGCGGUCUGCGCGGCGGCGGCGGCGGCGGUCCCCUGCCCACCGCAAUCAACGCCGCGCCCACCGCUCCCCACUCCGCGCCCAUCGCCCCCCACACCGCGCCCCCCGACGCGCCCACGCCGCGCAGACCGCGGUGA